AUGUGCAAAUGUCGUAAGCGGGAGGAAGGACCAAAAAAGAAAAAAUUGACGUGGUGCCAGAGAUGCAGACGAAGAAUAUGUGUGUGGUGCUAUAGACGAAUAAAGCGUUGUGUAAAAAGACAGGUCUUUGGAAAAUCAAGUCCAAAAAUUAAUGAAUAUGAAAUAGCUGGAUACACUUUAAGCGAGAUAAAAGAUAAAUUUAAAAGAAAAUCUCCAGCAUCUACAACUAAAAGUGCUGAAACUAAAUUAGAGCCCAAACCAACAGUCCUGACAUUGUUUAGAAAAAAGAUAUACAAUAAGUCUACAAAAAGCCUACCAAUGAAAGAUUUAAUUGAAAAUGAAAUAGAUAAAUAUUCUUUUUCUAAAUCUGUAGGAAAAAGAAUGAUGUCAUAUCUUGAUGAUUUUAGAGAGAAUAAUCUUUAUCUUGGAGUAGGUAGUGACUCACAGCUGAAUUUAACUGAGGGUGAAAGAGCAAGGUUUAAGAAACUGUCAGACGAAUAUGAGAAAAAAAAUAAGAAAUCUUUUAUAGACUUUUUGAAAAACAUUGAAAUGUUAAAAAAGAAACAUUCACUCUCACUAUCAAAGAUUGUAGUUUUAAAAAAUAUGGCUGAUGAUUAUAAAAACAAAAAAAUGUCAUUCACUAACGCUAUACCUUCAUGGAAAAAUAGUAAAUCCAGUCUGAAUUUAAAUAAAUUAGAGAAGCAGGAUAUCGACAAUUUAAUAACUUAUUACAAUAAACAGAAGAAACGUAGAUCAAAAGUCUCAGAGGGAAAAAUAUCCCUCAAAAACUUAGAACUCAUGAAUGUAAUAGAUAAUGAGGGAAUGAAGAAGAAAUUUUCUUUAACUAAUUCAAGACAGAUACUAUUAACGGACAUGAUCGAGGAUUACAAAAAGGGAAAAUUUAAAUUAUCUGACAUGCCUGAUAAUUUAAAAUCAGACAUGAAAAAAUUAGACAAGCAGAAUCUAAACAAAAUAUUAGACUACUAUAACAAAAAUAAAAAUAAUAAGGGAUAUCCAUUUAUCAAACAAUCUAGAGUAAAACAGAUGAUAUCUGAUUUAAGGGCUAAAUUUGAUUUCAAAUGA